UUGCAGUGAGCUGAGAUGGGGCCACUGCACUCUAGCCUGGGCCACAGAGUGAGACUGUCUCAAAAGUACAUUCUCCGUGGCUCACCAUCAUUCUCCAGAUCUCAGUUGUCCCCUUUUCUAGGAAGCCCUCUCUGAUUGCCGCAAGGUGACUGCACCUAUUCUGGAAUCCCACAGCUUUUGGGCUUCCUCAUCCCGGCUCUGAACACUCUGGGUUGUAGCUCUUUGGUAAUGGGUAUGUGUCCCCCCACUGGACAGGGAGCGUGGUGAGGGCAGGGACCAGGGCUUUCCUGAUGCCUGCUCUGUCCUCAAAUUCACCCAGCAGAGAAGUGUGUACGCAGCAGGCACUCAGUACACAUAUACUGAAGACCCCAGUGUCACCGACAGCUGCGGGGAACUGGGGCAAUCUGGGUGUUUCUCAGUCCAGCGUCGGCGGUUAAGGGGGCAGGAAUUACUCGCCGAGGUCUGGAGGUCACCUGCCCUGCGAGGCUUGGAACCCGGGCGCUGGGUGGAACCCGGUGUAACAGAGCCCGCUGUGGUCGUGCUCCGUCUCAGAACCCGGUGCGGAAGACUCUCCGCCCAAGGAGGGAAGGCGGGCGGGACUCCCCCACCGGCGUGCCCGGGUCCCCCUGGGAUCCAUGAAUAACCAGGCGCGGACCCCCGCCCCCUCCUCUGCCCGGACCUCAACGUCGGUCCGAGCUUCUACCCCGACCCGGACACCGACUCCAGUCCGGACUCCGACCGCGGUCCGGGCUCGGACCCCCAUCCGGACCCUGAUCCCGUCUCUGGCCGGGACUCCCGCUCUGGUCCCGACUCCCACUCCGGCCCGGAUCUCCCGUCUGGUCCCGACUCCGGCUCCGGCCUGGACCUCCACCCCAGUCCCGACUCCUACUCCCGCCCGGACCCCAACUCCGAUCCCAACUCUGGUUCGGACCCUGACUCCAGUCCGGCUUCCAGCCCCCGCCCGGAUACCAGCCCCCACCCCGGCCCCGGCCCCGGUCCCAGCCCCGGCCCCGGCCCCGGUCCCAGCCCCCGCCCCGGCCCCGGCCCUGGCCCUGGCCCUACCCCCAGCUCCGGUCCUGGCCGGGAUUCGGGCCACGCUCCCCGUCUUGGACUCCUACCCGGCCUCGGCCCUACCUUGGGAUCCGCCCCCGGAACCUGCCCCGGAGCCGCGUGUGUCAGUGUCAUCCGAGGAGGAUCGUGAGCCGGCGCCGAGCCUGAAGCUCGUCCCGUCGGUCUCCGGCGAGACUGGGCCCGCCCUGGGGCCCCCUCCCGCGCGCACUCCACUGGCCACGAACCCACCCGGGCCCACGCUGGACUUCACGGCAGACUCGUCGGCCACUGGGCUGGCGGAUCCCACCAUUCCCAGCUCUGUCCCUGCGCCCAUCCUGGGGACUAUCCCGUCGGCCGCCUCCUUACUGAAUUCUACCGAAAGCUUCGUCUCAGCCAGUGAGAGCUUCGCGCUGGACAAGAGGGUCCCUAUUCGAGUGACCUACUGUGGCCUCUGAAGCUAUAGCCUUCGGUACAUUCUACUGAAAAAGAGCCUGGAGCAGCGAUUUCCAGAUCGCCUACUCUUUGAGGAGGACAGAGCUGCCCAGGCUACAGGGGAUUUUGAAGUGUUUGUAGAUGGGAGACUGGUCCAUUCCAAGAAGAGGGGUGAUGGCUUUGUGGAUGAGGCCAAGCUGCAGAAAAUUGUGAGCAUUAUUGAUGAGGAGAUCAAGAAGAGGUAGCCAGCAAGGGGUGGAGCUGGAGGAACCUCAGCAGGAUGAUGAUAAGGACUGAAAUGUUGCUAAGUCAGGUCCUUUUCUGAUGGUGGCUGGGGCUGGGGUGAGCCCAGGGAAGGGGAAGAGGAGAAUACAUACAGAGUCUGCCA